AUGUUGAAAUUUAUAUUUGGGAAGCGAUUCGCUUCAACAGGAUCAUAUCCUGGCUCUACAAGAAUAGCUUUACCAAGAAGGCCUGCAAAGAAAAUUCGGCUGGGAAAAUCACGACCGGCUAUUUAUCACCAAUUCGAUGUCAAAAUGGAGUUGAGUGAUGGUAGUGUAGUUAUUCGUAGAUCACAAUAUCCGAAGAGCGAAAUUAGAUUGAUUCAAGACCAAAGAAACAACCCACUGUGGAAUCCUAGUAGGGAUGAUCUGAUCAUCGUAGAUGCUAAUUCCGGCGGCAGUUUGGAUAGAUUCAAAAAGAGAUAUAGUUCUUUGUUUUCAGUCGAUAUAGCAUCUGCAAGUCCUGGCUCUGUAGAGCCUGAGCUGCCUGAAGAAAGUAGAAAAGAAGCUCAAGUUACAAAGGAGGAGAAGGAAAACAUACCUGAAGGAGCGUUUGGUAUGGAUGACUACCUAUCGCUGCUAGACGAUGGUGAACAACAGAUUAAGUCAGGUAAAUUGGCCAGUAAGAAGAGAGACAAGAAGUGA